UAGAAUGGGUAGCUCAGGAACGUGGCAUUUUCAUUCAGCAUGCGCUCAAUAAAGGUGAAAAGAAAAUCGGCCCUUAUCACGUCGAUGGAUACGCGGAGGUUGAACGGGUGAAAAUCGCGUUUGAGUUCAACGGGUGUUUUUUCCAUGGGUGUCCCACUUGCUUUCCACCCGACCAGACCUGUCCUCUCAGGGGGGUUUGCUUUGAAACAUUCCACUCUGCUACCAUGGAGAGAGCGAGGUUAUUGCAAUCGGUUUACGGCGUGCAAUUAGAAGUUAUAUGGGAACACGACUGGAUCCUAAUGAAGGACUCGCACCCGAGUCUCAAAAGGUUUCUACAGUCUUUCAACGCACCAGAGCCUCUUUCCCCGCGAGAAGCUUUGUACGGCGGCCGUACUUGUGCUCUCAGACUCCGGUACACGGCGGGGGAGGAGGAAUCGGUGCAUUAUGUAGAUUUCACCUCAUUGUACCCGUACGUGAAUGCAACCUGUCCCUAUCCUCUCGGCCACCCCAAAAUCAUCUGCAAAGAUUUUGACGAUCCGCGUAACUAUUUCGGGUUCAUCAGGGCGACCGUGUUUCCACCCCGCGGUCUGUUUUUUCCCGUUUUGCCGUACAAGACAUCUACAGGUAAACUCGUUUUUACUCUCUGCCGUGCUUGCGCCGAAAUGAACUACCAGGCAGGCCCAUGCAGCCACACUGAUCGAGAGAGGGCGUUGACGGGGGUCUGGGUAACCCUCGAAUUUAACAAAGCUCUGGAACUCGGUUACACCGUCGCUGAAAUCACUGAGGUUUGGCAUUUUGAAAAACAGAGCAGUUCAAUCUUUAAACCGUAUAUACACACAUUUCUGAAGGGUAAGCAGGAAGCUUCAGGUUUCCCCGCUGAAGCUACGGAUGAGGAGAGCAGGUUAAAGUAUGUGGCAGACUACAAACGUGAGCAAGGCAUCCAGCUAGAUGUACGGAAGAUCGAGGCCAAUCCUGCUAAAAGGCAAGUGGCUAAACUGUGUUUGAACAGUUUUUGGGGAAAAUUUGCGCAGAGAAAUGAUUUGGCUCAAACUACCAUUGUGACAGACUCAGCAGAGUUUUUUAACUUCCUGUUUUCAGGUAAAUACGUUGUGUGCUACUUUCACUUCCUGAACGAUGACAUGUGUAUGAUUCAGUGGAAAUACAACAAGCGAUGCAUGUCCCUGCCUAACAAGGUGAAUAAUGUGUUUAUCGCGGCGUUCACCACGGCACACGCGCGGUUGAAACUAUUCACCUGUCUCGAACCACUUCAGGAGCGCGUUUUGUACAUUGACACAGACAGCCUGAUCUACGUGGUUAAACCGGGUCAGACCUCCCUCGAGCUGGGAAAUUAUUUGGGGGAUUUAACGGAUGAGCUGGGAGGUGAUACCAUACAGCAAUUUGUUUCAACAGGCCCCAAAAGCUACGCUUACCAGACAAGAAACCAGAAAAAAGUUGUGAUGCGUUGUAAAGGCAUCACUCAAACUCAGGAAUGCAGUGAGAGGGUGAAUUUUGACAGUGUGAAAGAGUUGGUAGAAGGUUAUCUGCAGGGGUCUACAGGGGGUGUGUUAGAAGCUCCGCAGCAUACCAUCAGGAGGGAUAAAAGAAACUUCCAACUUAAAAAUGCCACAUUUCAGAAAAAGUUCCGCUUGGUGUAUGACAAAAGAAGGCUUUUUCCUGACGGAACAACUCUCCCUUUUGGUUACUAAAAAGGUUAACCGAGAACAAUGUCGCUCUCUGGUGAAACACAGGAGAUUGAAUUUGACCCUAGAUUCAAAACCCCUUUUUCAUGUCUGAUAGUGGGUCCGAGCGGGUGUGGAAAAUCUUUUUUUUUUGUUAAACGUGUUUUGCAGAAUUGUAACCAUGUUAUGGAUGUUGUACCUGUAAAUAUUGUAUGGAUUUAUACAUCUCUUCAACCCAUGUACGCUGAAUUGCAGAGAAUGAAUAAAAAGAUUAAAUUCA